AUGGAAGCUUGUUACUCUGAAGAUAAAUUUAAUGCCACUUCAUACGAUGCCUUAGCUAUGGCCAUCAUCACGCUUCAGGCAUUUUCUGGCAUGUGGAUAAAUGCUUUCAUUGUUUUUGUGCUUUGUAUUGUCUGCGUCAAAAAGAGAAGCUUUAAUUCUAAUGAGAAGAUCUUGCUGGUUCUGGGAUGCUCCAGGUUUUGGUAUUUGUGCAUCAACUGGGUAUAUGCCUUUCUUUCAAUAAUUUAUCCCCAGUGCUUUUAUGUUCACCCCAUACCCCAAGUAUUUGUAGCUAUUCAAAGUUUUUUAAAUGCUUCCAAUGUGUGGGUUUCUGCUUGUCUUUGUGUUUUUUAUUGUAUAAAAAUUGCAAAUUUCAGACACAUCUUCUUCAUCUACCUGAAAGUAAAAAUUGACAAGAUUGUGCCAUGGGUGUUAUUGGGUACGAUGCUUUUAUGUCUGGCCAUCUGCAUCCUUUCUUACGACAUCAUUGAUAAAACGCAGUGUCAAUAUCUAGAUUCCACCGCCCUAGGAAAUUUUUGGAAACUGAAUGUCAGAACGGAUGAACAUUUUUUCCCUGUUUUUUUUAUCAGCGGCUUCGGAAUUACCUCUGCAUUCAUUACAGUAAUCUUUUCUGCCCUUCUCCUCCUCUUUUCUCUCUGGAGACACAAACGCAGGAUGCAAACAAACUCAGUGCAGAACUUCAGCAUGGAUGCCCAUAUCAAAGCCAUGAAAUCUAUUCUGUCCUUCUUCUUCAUUUACACCAUUAACUUUAUAUGUUUGGUCUUGACACUGAUUUAUGUCACGGAGAAGGAAAAUCCCGUGAUACUUUUAAUUUUAGUACUUCAGGAUGUUUUUCCAGUUGUUCAUUCCAUUAUUCUGAUUUUCAGCAAUCCCAAACUGGAAAAGGCACUCCUAAGGACUUUUCCCUGUGUGAAGUGCAAGGUUUGCAUGAGGUAG